CCGGGCGGCGGCACCGGGCUGCGGCCCGGGCCCGGGGAGGCUCCUCUCGGUGCCUGGCAGGUGCCACAACCCCCCGGGUGUCACGAGGAAAGCAGAGGAAGGCUUUCUGCACUGAGAAUUUGGGGAGUUCAGGCUGAAAUGUUUGACCUUGGCACUCAGUCGUGUGUUUGAGCAGCAGUCGUGGCCCUGCAGUGCUUGUGCUGGCCAAAUGUGGCCACACAGAGCCACAGGUGCGGGAUCCAUGGCAGGAGCCUUCCGCAUCGGGGACCAGCUCGUUCUGGCAGAAGAGGACAAUGAAUCCUACAUUCCUGAGGAGCAAGAAAUCCGGUGUUUUGCGCCAACAAUCGGGAUUGACCCCGACAAGGAGUCGGAGCUGCUGUGGCUGGCCAGGGAGUGCCUGGUGACCCCGCUGCCCCCGCAGUGGAAGGCCUGCCAGCAUAUUGGGGGCGGCGACAUCUAUUACUUCAACUUUGAAAACGGCGUCUCCAUGUGGGAGCACCCCUGCGACGAGCACUACAAACAGCUGGUCAUCCAGGAGAGGGAGAAGCUGCUGGCACAGGGCAUCUUGAAAAAGGAAAAGAAGGAGAAGAAAGAGAAGAAGGAAAAGAAGGAGAAGAAAGAGAAGAAGAAGGACAAGAAGAAGUUCCUGAAGAAACUCCCUCCCCCAGGCUCCCAGCUGGCGCCCAUCCAACCUCCCCUGGGCACCCUCUCUCCUCUCCGUGGCCUCACCCCGUCUUCAUCCCUUCGUGGGUCCCUGAACCCGGACCCGGGGAAUGUGGUGGACUCCAGCCUCAUCCCCAAGGAAGGAACUCUGCCUGCAGAGGUCUUGAAGCCCACCAGCCACCCCAAGAACCUGCUGGGUUUGAUCUGUGAAGAGAAAAGUUCCCUGAAGGUGGCGGUGCCAGAGAAAUGGAGAAAUGAAGAGGAAGAGAGUGAAAAUGAGAGUUUUCUUGGCACCUCAAGACUGUCAAAAAAUGUGUACCUGGAUGUGGAAGCCCUGGCAGGCAGCUUUGACUUUGAGGAGAACAGCAAGGAGGAGCAGCAGGACGGUGGCAGCCCAUCAGCUGGUGCUGCUGAUGCUGCUGAAGCUGCGCCCCAGCCCCAUGGGAGCCCUGAGGAGGAAGCUGCCAGCCUGGGAGAGAAGGAGUCUUUAAAAUCGAGACAUCCUGAAGAAGUGCCAGAGUCUUCCUUGGAUUCUGGUGCCGCGUGCCCUCCGUCUCCGGUUCAGAUCCUCCCUGGAGACGCUGACAGCAGCCUGUCUGCCCAGAACCAGGAGCAGGAACUCGCCGGGGAUGAAGCUGGGGACAAGGAAGAUGCUGAGGCGGAAGGAGACGCCUCUGCAGCGGAGGAGCUGCCGCAGUCUGAGGGGGAAAGGAGCGCAGCGGGGCCGGACGUGCCCGGCUCUCCCGGGCAGCCCCGAGCCGCCUCUCCGGGGGCCGGGGCAGAUGAGCUGGCCAGCCUGGCUGCCACUGCCGACACCGUGUCCUGUGCAGAAAAGGUACUGGAUGAAGAGAGGGAAGAAGCAGCAGCUGAUUCAAAAUCAGAGGACAGGCUGGAUGAUGGCAAACUUUCGAAGGCAUCCGGGCUCAGCAGCUGUGAGCAGGACUUGCCUGUCUCCAAGAGCUCCGACCGUGAGGUGGGCUUGGACUCCAAGGGCCAGCUCUCCGAGGAGGUUCUGGAUGCGGGGAAUGUGUCUCCUGGUUUGGACAGCCCUGAGUGCAAGGCCCAGGAGCUGGGAGAAGAGGAAAAAAGCCAAAGCAAAGCCAGUGCAGAGGAAGAGCAAGGGAAAAGAACAGAAGCUGCUGAGAGUGAGAGGGAUCUCAGUGCUUGUGCGACACCAGUGGAGCGUUUCGGGUCGGAAAAUCCCGGUGGGGCGGAGGCUGCGGAGCCUGAGGCGGGAGCCCUGGAUAGCCUGGUGGAUCCCGAGGAGCUUCCUGCCCCACAGAACGCGCAACCUGAGGAGGAAAUCGAGCAGUCCUUGAACCAGCCUAAUGAAGAAUCCCUGGAGGAAAUAGUUGAGGAGGUGGAGAUGGGGCUGGAGCAAGAGGAAAUACAUUUAUUUCAAGCAAAGGAGGAGAAAAUUCAGCAAUUCCAGGAGGAGAUGAGGCAGGAGGAGGAGGAGGAAGGCGAAAAGCUUCAUCAGCAAAAAGAAAAACCCCUCAGCACUCCAGAAGAAGAUUUGGCAAAAUCCGAGCAGGGAGAGGAGGAGUUGCUUGUCAGAGAGGAGAAAGCUGAGAGACUCGAAAAGCUGCGAGCCCAAAUCGCCUCCGAGAUCGAGGCAGAGGAGGAGAGGAUGAGGGCAGAGCAGGAGGCCACGCUGCAGAAGCUCAGGGAAAAGUGGGAAUCCCAGCAGCUGGAGGAAAAGGAGAGCCUGGAGAGGAAGCAGCAGCUUGCCUUGGAGGAAAUGAAGCUGGCAGUGGAGGAAGGCCAGCAGAAGGCGAUGAGCGAGCUGGAACGGGAGAAGGAGCAGUUCCUGAGCGAGCUCAGGGAGAGGCUGGACAGGGAGAAGAAGGAGGCAGCAGACGAGCUGCAAGAACAGUUUGCCAGUGAGCUCCAGCAGCUGAAGUCUGCAGCAGAAGAGAAGCACCGUGAGGCCAUUUCCAGCCUGCAAGCCCAGCUGGCAGAGGCACAGAGCAGCCAGGAGGCCCCGCUGCGUGAGGAGCUGCAGAGAGCAGAUCAGAAAGUGCAGGAAAAAGCCCUUAAAGUGAAGGAAUACGAGCGUGAGCUCAGCGAGCUGAUGAGCAACAAACGGCGGGAAGUGGAAAAGGAGCACGAGAGGAGGAUGGAGAGGAUGCGGGAGGAGCACCGGGAGGCGCUGGCGCGGGUGCAGGAGCAGUACCAGGAGGAGGAGCGGAAGCAGAGGUCGGAGCUGCUGGAGGGGCUGCGGAGCGAGGCCGCGCGGCUGCGGCUGCUCCACGACGCCGAGCUGAAGGAGCUGCAGGCAGAGCUGGAGGGGAGGCUGAGCGCCCUGCAGCAGAGGCACAGGGAGAAGGAAAGGAAGCUCCAGGAUUCAGAGAACGAGCUCGAGACCCGCAUGAGGAACAUCCAGGCCAGAUCAGAGCAGCUGCUCAGCCAGGAGGAGACCCUGCAGAAGAGGAGGCAGCUGCUGCUGGACGAGGACAGACAGAUGCAGCUCCAGAGAGAUGAAGCUGCUCUAGCCUCUCAGCUGUGCCUGGAGGAGAGCAGGAAGGAGCAUUCCAGCCUCCUGGAGUCUGUCCAGCAGCUGCGGAAGACCCUGGAGGAGCUGCAGGACCAGAAGGCUGAGCUGGAGGCCCAGGUGGAUUUGCUGCAGAGCCAGAGCCAGAGGCUGCAGAAACGCAUCGGAGAGCUGGAGGAAGCAAUCAGGAGCAAGCAGGAGGCUCUGAAAGAACUGGAGGCAGAGGAAAGUGUGGAACCUCCAAGAAAGAAAGAUGAUCUCCGUGUCGAAGACCUGAGAGGAACUCCUCAAGCUCAUUCGUCCAGAGAGCCUUCCCCAGCCUCUCCCAGCCCCGAGGAGGCCGAGCUCCGCUUCGAUCGCGUCCGGAGCUCCGUCUCUGCCGAGGGGCAGUCCUUGAGGAGCGCCAAGGAGUUCCUGCUGCGCCAGAGCCGCUCCCCGCGCCAGCGGCGCGCGGCGCUGAGGGCUGCCAGCCUGCAGUGGCGCCAGGAGCUGCGCAGGGCCCAGGAGGCCGUGCAGGAGCCCGAGAGCUCCCAGCUCCUGCAGAGAAUGAACUGGAACCUGGAGGAGGCGACAAAGGAGUUGGACAAGAUGAAGUCAGCCAUGCAGAAAGGACAGGUGCUGCUGAAGAAGGAGGAGGAGAAGCUCAGCCAGCUGGAGUCCUCGCUGCUGGAGGAGCUCUCAGAUGAAGACACACUGAGGAGUUCUGCGUGCAAGAAGGUGGUGACUUUUGAUCUGAGCACCUCUGAGGACACAACCAGCACGUCCAGUGUGAAUCUGGGCCAGUUUAGAUCUGACUUGAGAAUGGAUCUCUGGCCUCCCCUCCAGCAGGACAAGAUCCAGCACCUGAGGGACUCCGUGCAGAGCAUCACCAGUGAGCUCAACGGGGUCCUGGGGCUCCUGGACUCCCUGAGCCAUCACCAGCCUCCUCUCCGCACCUCCACACUCCACGAGGGCAUCCCUCUUCCCACAUAUCCCUCCUUGGGGGGCCUGGGGGGAAGCAGGUCCCUGGGGAACCCCCCCAGGGCGUCCCCCCUGGACCAGUGGGCCCGGAGCAACGGGCUCAGCUCUGGUCAUUCCGUCUCAGGGCAGUCAGUGGACAGCAUGCUGACAGAGAAAUGGCGCAGGUAUUUCCCAGGUGGGCUCUCGUCGCUCGCUGGGACUCCUGGGCCGCUGGUCAGCGAGCUGGGAUAUGUCCCUGCAGGUGAACAAAUCCGGCUCUUCCAGCACUCCAAGCUCAGUGAGCCGGAGACAAAGAAUAUUGAGGAGAUGAUUGAGAGCAACAAGAAAUGGCUGAAAGACGUCAAGAAGGAUUCCAAAGUACCUCUCUCCCUGCAGGCACAGAAGCCCCCAGGCAGCAGCGCCAGCCUCCUCCAGCUGGGGCUGGAUGAAAACAGAGACAUCAAGGUGUACCACUACUGAAAGAGCUGCCGAGCCGCUCGCCCGCUCUGGCUGACGAGGACGCUGCACUUCAAGGGAGCCCAUCUGUGAGAAACCAUCUUCAAAGCCACUCUCCUGAGACAGCUGCUGGGGGGGGGCUCUGAAGAUGCUGCCCCACGCCCCCCGUGCUGCGUGAGCCCCCCGGGUGGGUGAGGGUGGGCAGGGGGGAGGAGGCAGAGCCCCCCUGCUCUGCUCCCUGGGUGCCGUGUGCUGGCCCACGCCGUGAGCCUGGCACCGGGAUGUUUACACGCCAAUAGAAAUAUAUUUUUGUUGAACAUCAUUUCAAGACUCUUAAGAAUGUAUGUAUUUUAUUUUUGCUUGCUUAUUUUUCUAGAAUUUUUUUGUAAUUACUCCACCGGCCUUAUUCCUUCCCGGGGAAGGGGGGAUCAGAGCACGGGUAUCCCAUCUGCUGUUGGGGUGCACAAACCCCUUCCUGCAGGGAUUUUGCUUUUAGCUUGCUGGAUACUCAGGGGACAUGUGGCAAUCCUUCCAGUCAGGGGUUUUAGAAGGGAUCCCACAGCUGUGGUUGCUGUGGCCAAAGCCAUAUCACCGAGUCCGUUCUGUGUUUUGGGAGAAGCGUGCAUUAGCAGUGCAGAGAAAUGCCAGUUUUUUUAACAAUACCUUGGUUUGAAACGCGCUCCUUUUUCCUGUUAAAACCCG